GGGAGGGGGAGAUUUUAGAGCGACCGUGGGACGCGCGUGCAUGUGCACGCCCGCCCGCGCGCGCGAGACGUGGUGUAUCGUACUUUUAACGUUAUUUUUAAACCGACCAUGCACAAAACGCACGAACAAAGCCGUGUAAACGCAGUCUCCCUCCGUGCUCCGUGGGAUCGCGGUACUCGGGACGACGCGGCCGCCGGGGAUGGCGUGUUGCCCUUAUCCGUUUGUAGUACACAGUGAGCGCCGUCGCGAUCGGGUUAUCGAGUAGCCUUGCCGAUCGGAAGGCAGGAAGGAUGUCACUAAAACCCAAGAGAGUGGACUUCAAUCAGACGUGGCACGUACUGCAAGAGACCAUCAAGGGAGUGAUAACUCUGGCGAAUAUCCCGCGCGCUAUAUGGAACGACAGAUUCAGCGACGUUUACUCCCUGUGCGUCGCGUAUCCCGAGCCGCUGGCCGACCGCUUGUACGACGAGACAAAGAGGUUCUUGGUCAACCAUGUAGACCACCUGCUGGUGCAGGUGAAUUCGUACACGGACAAGUGGGAGCUGCUGCCGGCGUACUAUCGCGCCUGGACCGAGUACUCGCAGGGUAUUUACUACUUGCACAGCUUGUACUUAUACCUCAAUCAGCAACACAUCAAGAAGCAGAAGCUGUCCGAGGCGGAGCUCAUCUAUGGCACGAGUUUGCACAACCGGGAGGAGGAGUGCCAGGAGCAGAUGGAGAUCGGGGAGCUGGGUCUUGACAUCUGGAAGAAAAAGAUGAUAAUACCACUCAAGGAGAGGCUCGUCUCUCUCCUGCUUAUGUGCAUUGACGCCGACAGAGACUCGAAAAUGCUCGCACCGACCGAAGUUAUCUGCGGUGUCAUAGAGAGCUUCGUACGGGUAGAGGAGCACAAGAUGAAGGGGAAAUUAAACUUGUACCAAGAAAUUUUCGAGGAGCCGUUUCUAGAGGCUAGCGGAGAAUUUUACACGUCGGAGGCGUCGUCGCUGCUGCAGCAGUCUGAUGUCACGCGUUAUAUAGAGAAGGUUACGUGGAGACUCGCCCAAGAGGAAGCGCGCGCUUACAAGUUCCUUCACAAGAGCUCUAUUGCAAAAGUCAGAGCCUGUUGUGAGGACAAAAUGGUAGCUGCCCACGUGGAUUUGCUGCACUCGGAGGCAGAGAUGAUGAUAAAGAAUGAAAGCCGGCGAGAUUUAGCUCUUCUUUAUCCAUUAUUGAGGUCCUUGCCGGGAGGUUUAGAUCCGCUUGUGCAACAUCUCACUCGUCACAUUACACUACAGGGUUUACAAGCGAUCGGACCUUUGCAAGGAGAAAAUGUAUACAUGCAGUUUGUGGAAAAUAUGUUAAGUGUACAUUCAAAAUAUUCCGAAAUGAUUAAGGAAGUGUUCAGCUCGGAUCAAAGUUUCGUAGGUGCUCUCGACAAAGCUUGCUCCGCAAUCGUAAAUUACAGGCCUGCUCCGAAGCAGCCCGUCCGAGCGCCAGAACUGCUAGCGAAAUAUUGCGACACUUUGCUGAAGAAGUCUCCCAGGGCCGCCUCCGAAAGCGAGAUCGAGGACAGGCUGAAACGCUCCAUAACCGUGUUCAAGUACGUGGACGACAAGGAUGUGUUCCAAAAGUUCUAUUCGCGUAUGUUGGCCAAGAGACUGAUACAUCAGCAGUCGCAGUCGAUGGACGCCGAGGAGAUGAUGAUCGACGAUCUGAAACGGGCGUGUGGUUACGAGUUUACGAACAAGCUUCAUCGCAUGUUUACGGACAUGUCCGUCUCUGCGGAUCUCAACGCGAAGUUCACGGCGACCUUGCGGGAGGGCGACGGUGAGAUUCAGUUGGGCACCGGUUUCGCGGUCAAAGUGUUACAGGCCGGCGCGUGGCCGCUCGGUCUGCCACCAUCGCCCGGCCCGUUCCACGUUCCGCAGCAACUGGAGAAAUCCAUCCAGGCGUUCGAGGCGUUCUAUCACAUGCAGUUCAGCGGCCGGAAGCUCACGUGGCUGCACCAUUUGAGUCAGGGCGAGCUCAAGUUCAAUUACCUGAAGAAACCGUAUUUGGUUACUGUGCAAACGUACCAAAUGGCGUUGCUGUUGCUCUUCGAGCAUUGCGACGCGAUACCGUGUAAGGAGGCGGCCGCCUCGUUGCGACUAUCGCACGACCAGCUGGUGAAACACGCCGCUAGCCUGGUGGACUGUAAGAUCCUCAACAGGUCUAACGACGGCGAACUCGAGGAGGAUACCAUUCUCACGCUCAAUUUUAGUUACUCCAACAAGAGAACCAAAUUUCGUGUGACGGGCGUGUUGCAGCGCGACGUGCCGCAGGACGCGGAGGCCACGCACCGCAGCGUAGACGAGGACAGGAAGAUGUUCUUGCAGGCGGCCAUAGUUCGUAUCAUGAAGAGCCGCAAAGUACUGAGACAUAAUCAACUCAUACAGGAGGUACUGAGUCAAUCGAAGGUUACUUUCGCGCCUUCUAUUGGGAUGAUAAAGAAGUGCAUUGAAACUCUGAUAGAUAAACAGUAUAUCGAACGUACGGCGAAUAGCGCGGACGAGUACUCCUACAUUGCGUAACCUUUUAACGUCUGUUACUAAUUUAUUUCACUCGAGAUGCGUCCCAAGUGGCAUUCUGCUGAGCUCUGAUCAGGCAAAUUUAUUCGAUUAAUUAGUUUCGACAACUUCGAGGAUAAUAAGGGUGCAUUCGGGGAGCUCACUGUCAGCACUAUUCAGCGCUGUAAGCGUCAUUCUAUCCUUGUUGUCCAUUGUGCGUCAAAGAAAUAGUUCCGAGAGUGUAUAUUCAGUCGUGUAAAAACAGAACACCAGUAAAAGAAAAAGAAAUGAACUCGCAAGUGACGUUUGAGAGAUUGGGAAGAGCAUCUUAGACCGCUUGUUCGCUCCUAGGAUCAACCAAUUAAUAAAUAAUUUACUGACUUGUAACAUAUGCACACUGAAUAAAGUUGACGUUACUAUUUUAUAUUGGAGUAA